AUGGCUUGGCUCCUUGACCCCCGAACAGGACGCAGAUUACCGUUAACUGACGACCUCGUACUAAGCUUGUUGGAGGAUGGCAACUGCUCGGAUCUAGAAUUAGAUGAUGCCGAUGAGGAAGAAUUUGUCCCACCGGUGGCGGAAAAUGAGGUAACUGCAUCAGACAAAGAAUUUGGCGUUCCUGAACUCACACCUUCACAACUAGGCGUAAAAAGAAGUGCUACUAGCCUUCAAGAUAAUGCGGAGGCAGGUCCGUCCAAAAAACGAAAAAAACCGGUAAAAAUAGAAAUUCCUCGGCGUAAACGCAUUUGGAAAAAAACUGAGUUUAUCGAUACAUUUCACGAAUACGUUGGCCACCCAGAACCGAACAUAGUUCGGUCGCCUAUUGAAUAUUUUAGUGAAUAUUACAAUGAUGAUUUUUUUGAACAAAUGUCAGUCUGUACAAAUAUGUACUAUACGAGAAAAACUGGCAGGAUAUUAAACUGCACUAAACCAGAAAUUAAAAAAUUAUACGGUAUUCAUCUAAUGAUGGGAAUUUUAUCUUAUCCUAGAAUUGCUAUGUAUUGGAGGCAAAAAAUUUGCAUUGAAGCAAUAGUGUCUGCAAUGACCAGAGACCGAUUUAUGUUGCUGCGUAAUAAUCUACAUGUAGUGGAAUCAGAUACUCCGCCGGCUGGUUACAGGGUUAAUCCUCUCUGGAAGGUACAACCAGUAAUUGACGCAGUAAAACAAGGAUGUAAUAAAAUCUUAAGAACACCUGGUAGGUUUUCUGUCGACGAACAAAUGAUCCCUUUCACAGGAAAGUGCCACCUUAGGCAACUACUGAAAAAUAAACCGCGCCCAGUGGGUCUUAAAAAUUUUGUUGUUACCACUAAUGAAGGGCUAAUGAUAGAUUUCGAAAUUUAUUAUAGGAACAAUCCUGUACUUUCGCACCCCCUUGGACUUGGACCGGCUGUAGUUUUCCGCCUUAUUCAGAGUGUUCCUCCUGGAAGCUGUAUCUUUUUUGACAGAUACUUUACUACCAUUCCUUUGUUGGACGAACUGAAACGACUUGGAUAUCAUGGGACAGGGAAAAUCAUGGUCAAUCGUAUUCCAGAACGACAACAGAUAAGCUUCAAAGAAGACAAAACGAUGCGAAGGGGAGACAUUGACCAAAGAGUGUCCAAUGGCAUAGUUUUGGUGAAAUGGAAGGACAGUAAAGCAGUUCUUACGACGUCAAACUGUACUGGUGGUACGGCGAUAAAUAACAUAAAACGAUACGAUAAGAUCGCGAAAUGCUACAUCGAUGUUGACGCUCCAAAAAUUGUAACGUUUUAUAAUACGUUCAUGGGUGGAGUUGAUGUCCUAGACCAAUCUAUGGAGUACUAUAGGACAUAUAUGAAGACGCGUAAGUGGACUUUAAAAGUAAUACUCCAUUUUAUGGACUUAGCUGUAGUAAACGCUUGGCGUCUUUACAGAUGCGAUUCCUUAGCCAAAGGUAUUCCAAAAAAUCGUAUUCAGGAUUUACUUGCAUUCAGGUUUGAAAUCGCUGAAACUUUUAUGAACACCCCUGAUAGAGACCGUCUCCAAUCAACUCCUUUAGUUGAACUACAAGUAAAUCUGUCAAGCAGAUAUAGACCAGCAAAGAAUCCCUCGAUCGGAAUGAGAUAUGAUGGCUAUGAUCACUUGCCUGUAUUUGAUGAUAUAAAAGCUCCACGUAAAUGUCGAUUGGAGAGUUGUUCCUCUCGUUCUAAAAUAAGAUGCCAUUGCACAAAUGGCAGGAAAUCAUCGGGUUAUACAAAGGUAUCGCUGGGCGGGCGGGAGCGUGGCUGGCCAGGCCGGCAGCCACCUUGCCGCCCGCAGGCCCGCCUCGCCCGCGCCUCUCCGCAGUCUACUCACAGCUACCGCGAAAUACGCUCCGUACCACCGCGCUACUACCGGCGUCGUACUCCGCGAACCUAA